AUGGCGCAAUCGGUCGGCGCCCAGAAAGACGAACUAUCCACGCACAAAGGCUACCUACUAUGGGGCAACAGAGUCGUCAUCCCCAAACCCUUGCAAGACCAAGUGCUGAGAGCCCUGCACGAGGCACACCCGGGCAUAGUCCGCAUGAAGGCUCUCGCACGGAGCUAUGUCUGGUGGCCCGGCCUCGAUGCAGAAAUUGAGGCUUGGGUUAAAAGGUGCCCGACGUGCCAGGUGUCAAGGCCUGACCCCCCACGUGGCCCAGUGCAAUCAUGGGAAUCCACCAAAAACCCCUGGUCAAGACUGCAUAUGGACUUUGCUGGCCCCUUCCAUGGGCGGACUCUACUCAUACUAGUGGAUUCAUACUCCAAGUGGUUGGAGGUGGUCCAGGUGCCCUCGCCAUCGUCGCAGGUGACCAUCAGGGCUCUGAGGGCCAUCUUUGCAACCCACGGUUUGCCGGAGACCAUCGUCACCGACAACGGCACAGCAUUCACGUCCGCAGUGUUCCAGGACUUCUUGGCCAGGAACCUCAUCAGGCACAUUCGCUCUGCCCCGUUUCAUCCAGCCACCAACGGCCAGGCA